AUGCUACACGUCAGCUGUGACGUGUCAGCCAGCACAACCACCACCGGGGCUAACGUCUGCCACCUGAUAGACUGGGAUGAGGACCAGGGAGACAGCAGCAAGAACAGACCUAGCGACAAUCCCGAUCCAAAGCCAACUUCCACCACUUCCAAAAUCACCUCAACAUCCCCAGCCACUACAAUAGCCACAGGCAAACCCGUCCCAUCGGGCCUGUCUUCAUCCCGCGACGACAUCCAACUUGUCAUCUUCGAUUCCAACAGGAUAACAAGCGACGGCUCAACAUGGCAUUGGGCCGGAUACCUCCUCCCCAGCCUUGGCUACGACGACGAGGACGUCUGCAACGAGAAGUACGAAGUCAUCUCAGACCCCCACGUCGAAGACAACCAAGCUUGGCCUUUCUCCAUGGGCCCCUUUAAUGCUCCAGGUUUAGAUUACUGCUUCUUCCACAAAUUCGCGGACCCCCCCUCCCCCCCCAAGUAA